AUGGAGAUGGGAAAGAAACUGUUGGUUAUGGCGUUGGCCAUUUUGGCCUUGUUUGAAGGGUCAAGAGCUUUGGACCUGUGUAACAUGAGCCAGGAUGGUCUAACUGCUUGCAAACCGUCAGUGACACAACCUAACCCAACUGACCCAACCUCGGACUGUUGCAAGGCACUGUCAGGGGCUGAUUUAACAUGCUUAUGUUCUUACAAGAACUCUGCGUUAUUGCCUGCUCUUGGCAUUGAUCCUGGUCUUGCCAUGGGACUUCCUGUCAAGUGCAAUCUCACUCCUCCUUCUGAGUGCUAA